UCUGGUGUCCGGCUCCCCGUACUGACGCAGCGGCUGGCGUAUCUAGGUAUCCACCAGUGGAGGGCGCGCCCUGAACGAAAACAAACUGCGCUCACCGUGGGGCGGGCGGUGGACGCUGCCGCCGCGGACUGGGCAAUCGCGCUCCGCCCAGCAACGCUGUGGAAGGCGAUACGGCAUGAAGACGUCCGCCGCACGCUGCGCGACUUCUGGUGGAAGGCGAUGCACGGCGCGCUGCGGGUCGGCGCGUUCUGGGACAAGAUCCCUGGCUACGAGCACCGCGCGCAGUGCAUGCACUGCGGCGUCCCAGAGUCGCUCGAGCAUAUCCUGCUCGAAUGCGACGCGCCGGGGCAGUCUGAAAUCUGGCGAGCCGCCACCGAGGUACUCUCUAGGAAAGGUGUAGUGGUGCCGCGGCUCACAUUCGGCGCCCUUCUAGCGGCACCCGCACUGACGGCGCCCGGGUCCGAGCCAAGGAACACCGUCGGGAGGACGAGGUUGCUACGCAUUCUCCUCACGGAGUCGUGCCACCUCGUAUGGAAAAUCCGGUGCGAACGGGUGAUUGGCCGGGAAGGCGACCCGGAACAGUACCACUCCGUCGCGGAGAUACGACGAAGGUGGAUAAACGCGGUCCAGCAGCGGCUGGAACUGGACAAGGCGCUAGCCCGGCCGGCUUCUGCAAAACGGAAGCUGACCCGGCAGCGUGUUCUCAAGACAUGGGGAGGUGUGCUGCAUGACGAAGAAGCCCUCCCUGAUGAUUGGAUAUAUAGCAAGGGGGUUUUAGUGGGUAGGCCGUCA